AUGACACCGGUUCAUUCUAUUUUUCUUGGGGUUAAUAACAAAACUUCCGCGAAAAUCAGGAACUAAUAUAUUAUCUGAUUUAAUUGUUUCGAGAUUUAAAUUGUUGCAAGAAAAUGGUCAGCUUGUCUCAGGAUGCAAGUAGGGGACUUUUCUUUGAGGAACACCAGGAGGAUGAUGACUUAACGGACUCGGCCAACCUGUCGUUAGUGAUGAGCACAGAACAGAGUGGCCGCACCAUCAACACAACAUGGUCCAUACUGCUGGAAAUUUCCCUUCUGAUUGGAGUAUGGGUAUGUGUCUUUAUCCUACCAAAGCUGUGUACAGAUGAGAAGUGUGGAGUCUCUGCCUAUGCGCUGGAGCUGUUCUUAGUGGCUGGAGUCUGGUUCAUUCAGCUUGCCAUUGAUAGAUAUUACAGAAAUCAACACUAUCGGAGCCGACUGUUUGGGUACUUGAACUUCUACCGCCAGACACGAAACAUCCGACGUCUUCCCCUCGUUGUUGCUUCAGCAGCCCUGUCCAUUCUCCUGAUAACGACCCAGAUAAUCAUGGAAAAGUGUGUUCACCAAGUGAAGUGUGGUCCCCUGUCACGGGAGGGCUACAUACAGAUCGUAGUGUCUGUGUCCUGUGCGCUGCAGAUUGGUCUGUUGGUCAUUUAUAGCAUCCGCACAAUCCAGUUCAACAGAAGUGGAGCCUCCCCCGAUGUUAACCAGGAGGAAUUGAUGACCAGCUUCCUACAGACUAACUCUAUUUCAUCAGAUAUCGGCUUCAGAGAUGCAGGGUUGCUUGACCAGGUUCUAGAGAAGCAAGCGGACAUGAUUCGAUACCUCCGACAGCACAAUGAACAGCUAAGCAGGAGGAUUCUCACUCUGUCUGAAGAAAACGAGAGUUUACAACUGCGGAAAAAAUGAAGGGUUUUUCACAGUCAAAUGUGAUUUAUCAUAGUAGAAUUUAUAAUUAAGAUUUAUAUCCGGCCCGAAUUGCUCGAACAAUCUCAAUUCCCUUACAACAGGCUCGAGCUAAGCACACUAUUUUUCCUUUUGGUAUUCUUUAUGAUAUUCUCACUUUGAAGAGUUUGGAGUCUUUAAAAGGAAAAUAUCAUGAUGAUAUUAGCCAAAUACACUUUUUUGUUUUGUAUUAUCAAGUUAUGUUAUUUGGCUAAAUGAAGUAAGAUACUUGAGCUUGUUUCACUUAAGGUUGUCGAGAAAUUGGCGCCAUCAUGGUCUUGAUAACAGUUUCUUGUCGCAGGAUUAAUGGAUGAGGAAAUAUACGUUCACAGUUGCACUAUGAACAAAAUGAACUUCGGACAAAAAAAAACCCCAACACUUGGCAAAACACACAUAUUGCUUUGAGCAAAAAACAAUCAACACUUCGGACAAAAAACACACACACUUGAAUUUUUGUGUGACUUUCUUGCUUCGCUAUGCAGGGUAAUUACAUGUAUCUGUACAAGUUUCUUGUUGCUAUUCAGGCAGUUAUUUGUUAACCAUAUUUCGUUAUCAGUGAGACAUUCAAAAUAGUUAGUACAAUUUGUUAAAAAAAUAUGUUGUUGUUCACCUCUUAUGUUGAACAAUCCUAACUUGCAAAUUUCUGAUUUCUGUUUUUCCCCUAACUUGUAAUAGUUUUUCUUUUCUCUACAAAGGGUAGUUGAGAUGUAUGUCAUUAUUUAUUUGGAACAAAUAGAUUGAAUUCCACUUCCAUUGUUCAACUUGUGGCUUCCAUGCCUUCAUGUUAUUUAAUGUUCAUGAACAAAUUCAACUUUACAUUUGUAGCAUUUUUUUUAAUGCUCUGCAACGUAUACAUCUUUGCAACCACGGUACUUUCUUCUGUCACACUCCAUGAUAAAUACAGUGGAAAAAUUGACUGACAAAAUUUUGUUUCAAUGAGUAUGCUUGAGGCAGGGGAGACAACUUCAAGAAAAUUACAUGUAACAAUUAAAUACGCUCCAUUCAUCACGCAUUGUCAGUUGUCUCCAUAAUCGAGUGGGCAACGAAGCUGUUUUAAAAUUUGUAGUGACCUGGCAAACAAAGUUCAAUUCCAGCUCACGAGACAAUGUUUUCAGUGUCUGUGCAUAUAUCUGCGUUGGUUCAUUGUGGAACAAAUGAAACUGCCUCUUUAAUUAUUCAUAAUUAUGAGGUUUUAUUAGCCAACUUGCCAACAUUACACCACGAAGCAUAGUACAGAUGUGUAUUGGUAGUAUCCAAAGAUGCAUUGUAUUUAAAGUUUUUAUAAAAAAAAAAAAUUGUGAUAUUUAUAAAUAUAUUCCAUUGUACAUUGUAUUCCUAUAUAACUGGAUUCUAGUCAUAUAUGUAAUUAGAGACUGUCGUAUUGUUGUUUUGGCUUGUUUUCAGUUAUAAUCUAAGAAAAUAUUAUAUGGUCUAUUUUAUUUAAACACACAACACACCCAGCCCAGAAAGACAAAAUGAUAAGAAAUUCCAUAGAAGAGGUCCCUGUUAAAUUUUUUAUACAAAUUUGAAAAAUCUUAUUUGGGACUAUCCGUAUUUGGGACUAUCCAUAUUUGGGACUAUCCGUAUUUGCUCCACAAACAGUAAUGAACUGUUUUUUCUAAAACAAAUCUUGAUUUCAUUAUAUUAUCCCAAAGUUAAAAUAAUUAAGACAUUCUUGUAGAUCUCAAUCUGCACGUCCACUAUUACUGUCUUCAUUUCAUCUCUUAGAAUCUGAUAUCUUUCUUUUCAUGUGGCUUGAAAAAAGGGGUUACAUUUAUUGAAAAUAAUGUGAAUACAUGACGCGUAUGUCACAUCUUUUAAAGCCAAAACAACCUGCCAAAUUAUGCUGCCAGGGUUAAAUGCUGAUUCAAAAUAAAAUUGAAAUAUUUUUAGCAUAUGACUAUGAAUCUAUGUCUAAGAAUAUCUAAAUACAUGUUUCUGAAACACUGUUUUCACACUUGUCACUAUAACACAAUACUUAUACUUAUGGUAUCUUAUACAUUUCCUAAUACUUAGUAUUACACAAGAUAAGUUUCAAAAUAAUAAUGAACACAUAAUAUUUACACCUUUAUUGAAAUGUCUUAAACCCUGUUUGCCUUCGCAGCAGCAUACAGGCUGCCGAGCCUACGUUUCUUCACAGCCUUCCAAUGUUGCACAGCUUUGUUUUAUGGAAAUUCCUCAACACUGGGUACCUUGGUGAGUUGUAUAAGGAUCUGUAAGGAGUCUGCAUGAGAGAAACUUUUGGCUUAUAACUUUAAUAUUGUUCUGGAGGCUCAACCCUUGCUCACAUGCUAUGCUACUGACAGGAAUGCACAAUGAGAUAUGCAACUUUUCUGUCAGAAUGCUGAACAGUUUGCCUGUGUUCUCAUCACUCAAGGUUUCGUUAGAAUGCCUUAAAUACAGGAAAUUUGUUAUGUAGCACCUCUAGUCCAUUGGCAAUAUCUGAUGUUGAUCAGAUUCUGAGUUUGAGUUUAGGCUCUUCCAUCACCUUCUUCAUGUCUUCAAGCUUGCUUGUUCAGAUGCCUGAGCCAGUCACAUGGAUGUACAGGUUCUUCAGAAUCUGUUUGUAGGUCUGGACAUCUGGAAUUGCCUUUGGUGCAUCCGAGCAGUUUAUGGGAUGUUUGUGGGCUAUACAGUGAACAUGUGUCAUAUAUGGCAAGUCCUUAGGCGGCCUUAGCACCUAUACUGCUAUUAUUUCCAAACAUGACUGAUUCACCAUUAAAUCUAUUCAAUAGACUGGACUGUAUGACAGAGAUGUAGAUGAUCACAGAAGAUGUACAUGUAGUGCAGUUUCAUCAAAAUUAGUACAUUUCAGGAGUUUUGUGCAAGACUUUUGUAACAUCUGCUAUUUCUAUUUUAAGUUAAAACUGUCUCGCGCUUAGCCCGCAAUUUCAAGAGUGUUUGGAGGAAAUAUUACCAACAACUGUGCAAGAGCAACGACCCUUAAUCACCAUUUUGAAGAAUGGUUGCUAUCUUGAUUAGAUUAUUGUGUUGUGAAGAAAAAUAAUGAAAUCUACAGAAAUUAUUUUUCUAUAAUUUGGGCAAAUGAGUAAAAUAAUUGAUUCUAAGCGACAUUGUAUUAUUCAUAGGAAAAUGGAAACAAAGACCUUUUUUGAUAAAGGUGUAUCAACAAUUUAUGAAAAUAGUAUGUUCAUUAAAUAAAUUUAAUAUGAAAGUGGGCAGUUUGAAUGUAUAUGUACGCACAAUACACUCGUUAUCCAGAGCUAUGUGUGCACCUAAUACCUAAUCCUGAUUACAACUGAUAACGAGUCAAAACAAUCGGACUUCCUCUAUGUAUUAUGUAUAAUUGUGUAAUUAUUUUAUUGUUGACCAUAGUUUGGUUAAUAAAUUUUACAGAAAUUGUAUAGCCAGGGCCAUCUUUAUUAACAGUAUGCUUGAAGUCACCUGAUGGGCUUACCAGAAGUACCCCCUUAACUAGGUCAUAUUAAUGUAGCGAUGUCUUGUUCAAUUAAUGUGUAGAACGACUGUGAAUAAGUUUUAAGUCUUGCCCUACAAUAUGAUUGUCUUUUAUGCAAUAUCAAAGCCAUUAUAAAAACAUUUUCAAUGUUCAUACAAACAAAACUUUGUUUAGAGGGAAAAGGUGUCCGCUUGUUUGAAACGUUUCAGGUUUCAUCAAGAGUACCCUCUUCUGAUCUCACAUUAAAAACGUUAGUAAUGUAUGUGUAUGCAUGUGUUUUGAUCGUAUUUAUUGUUACCAACAAUAGUUCCAUAAUAAUGUAGAUGUGCAUGGCCAUUUUGUAUAUUUAUUGAUAGAGUAUAACUAUAUUGGUGUUUACCUGUAUCACUGUUACCGGUAUUUGAAAUACAAAAUGUCAGUUUAAAAGGAACCACAUUAAGAUGUUAAUUUAUGUGAAUGAAUUAUUUAUCUCGCCAAAGCUAUGAUUUUGUAUGAAGUGGUUUAUUUCUUAUGAUUAUUUGUUCUAGACAAAAUUGUAUAUAAAUAGAAUAUUUUAUAUUUGUUAUUUCUAUUUGUAUUAUUACCAUGACUCUGAACAAUUCUUCAAUAAAGAAUUUUC